AUGAGUCUCGGGUUCGCAAUCGAUCGCGGCGGCACAUUCACCGAUGUGAUCGUGUUCAAACCGAAUGGCGACGUGCAAGUGUUGAAGGUGCUCUCGGUUGACCCGGCUAACUAUGCUGACGCGCCAACCGAAGCAAUUCGACGGGUACUUGAGGAAUACACCGGCGAGAAAAUACCUCGCGGAGUGCCACUGCCAACGGAAUCGAUAUCAUGGAUUCGAAUGGGAACCACAGUAGCCACCAACGCGCUGCUAGAACGUCAGGGGGAACGUGUUGGACUUCUGGUUACAAAAGGGUUCAAAGACCUACUGUUUAUCGGGAAUCAAUCAAGACCUGACAUUUUCGCAUUCAACAUUUGUAUUCCUGACGUAUUAUACGAAGAUGUCAUCGAAGUUGACGAACGCAUUUUAAUCAAUGAUCAAGUUGCCGGAUUGGGUCUUGACGCAAAUAUCGAAAAGGCGAUAAAUGGAUGUGAAGUGGUUGUAGAGAAGGAAAUCGAUGUGACGAAGCUUGAGGCAGAUUUAGGCGCUUUUAAAGAAAAAGGAAUCAAGAGUAUAGCAGUAUUAUUUUUACAUUCUUUCAUAUAUCCAAAGCAUGAAAUUGAAGCAGGACGAGUUGCGAAAAAAUACGGGUUUGAGCACGUUUCACUUUCGCAUGAGGUUAUGCCAAUGAUUAAAGCGGUCCCGAGAGGAUUUACAGUAUGCGCCGAUGCUUAUUUAACACCGAAGAUUCUCGAAUAUCUUCGAGGAUUUCGAUCAGGAUUCACAGAUUUGUCGAAUGUUACCGUCAAUUUUAUGCAAUCUGAUGGGGGAUUAUGCGCAAUGGACAGGUUCUAUGGAUCCCGCGCGAUUCUCUCGGGACCCGCUGGCGGUGUAGUCGGUAUUGCGAGCACCGCUUAUAAGGAGAAUGACAAGAAGGCGGUUAUCGGAUUCGAUAUGGGAGGAACAUCAACAGACGUUUGCCGGUAUUCUGGAGCAUUGGAGCACGUAAUGGAGUCGACCACCGCUGGUGUCACAAUUCAAGCGCCGCAGCUUGAUAUCCACACUGUUGCUGCUGGUGGUGGAUCUCGCCUCUUCUUCCGCAAUGGGCUUUUCGUGGUGGGACCCGAGUCGGCCGGCGCGCAUCCCGGUCCAGUUUGCUAUCGCAAAAAUGGGUAUUUGACGGUUACCGACGCGAAUUUAGUGUUGGGACGAAUUCUUCCGGAAUUUUUCCCGUCAAUCUUCGGCCCAAACGCGGACUUACCGUUGGAUCGUGAAGCUUCUUAUAGGGAAAUGAAAAAGCUCACUGAUGAAAUUAAUGAAUUCAUGGAAGUCGAGGGAAUUGCGAAGAAAUACACUGUUGAGGAAGUGGCACUUGGAUUUGUCUCGGUGGCGAAUGAGGAAAUGUGCCGUCCGAUUCGCACGUUGACUCAAUCACGCGGUUACGAUCCUUCUGUUCACGUGCUGGCUUGCUUUGGCGGCGCUGGCGGGCAGCACGCUUGCGCUGUUGCCAGAGUUUUGGGAAUUGGCCAAGUUAGAAUCCAUAAGUAUGCCUCAUUGCUUUCCGCGUAUGGAAUUGCGUUGGCCGAUCUUGUCGAUGAAGCUCAACGUCCAGUACACCUCUCAUACUCGCCAGAGAACUUUGAAAAUUUGCAUCAAAUGUUCAAAGAGCUUCGUGAAGAAUCGCGAGCGCGACUCGUUUCUCAAAACGUUGAAAAUGAGAAUAUCGAGUUUGUUUAUUUCAUGCAUAUGCGAUAUGAGAAAACGGAUUCGGCCAUAAUGAUUUCCUCAAAAUUCACGGUAGAUUGCGAUUCGAAAUGCCUUGCCGAUUUCAAAAGUGUGUUUUUGGAGACUUACCAAAGAGAAUUUGGAUUUAUUCUUGAGAAACGAGGAAUAAUUGUUGACGAUCUGAGGAUCCGAUCUAUUGGGAAAUGUAAUUGCCCAUCUGAGCAGGAAAUCCCACCAGCAGUCGCCGAGCCAAUUUCCAGAAAACUCGCCAACGUCUACUUCGAUUCUGGCGAUGUUGAGACACCGGUUUUCAUACUGUCUGACCUUCGCGCUGGUCAUUCGAUACCUGGUCCAGCUCUUAUAAUUGACAACAAUAGCACAAUAGUUGUGGAGCCGAAUAGUCGCGUGAGAAUCACGAAACAAGGCAACAUUGAAAUGGAAAUUGGUCGUGAUUUCGAGAAGGACAUUGGCGUUGAAGUGGACCCGAUUCGACUGGCGAUUUUCAGCAAUCGUUUCAUGUCGAUCGCCGAGCAAAUGGGGCGGGUCCUGCAGCGAACCGCAAUAUCAACGAAUAUCAAAGAGCGUCUAGACUUUUCUUGUGCGCUGUUUGCCCCCGACGGAGGUCUCAUCGCGAACGCGCCGCACAUUCCAGUCCAUCUUGGUGGAAUGCAGUACACGGUGAAAUUUCAAAUCGAUCACCUCGGCGUUGAUGGAAUCAAGAACGGCGAUGUGAUUCUUGCGAAUCAUCCGAUUGCCGGCGGAUGCCAUCUUCCAGACUUCACUGUCAUCACACCGGUGUUCUUCAAAGAUCAGAAGCAUCCGGUGUUCUUUAUCGCGAAUCGCGGACAUCACGCCGACAUUGGUGGUCUUGUCCCCGGCAGUAUGCCUCCGAAUGCCACUCAUAUCGAUCAAGAAGGCGCCGCAUUCAUCUCGUUCAAACUCGUCGAAAACGGCGUCUUCCAGGAGGAGAAGCUCAUCGAAGCACUCGCGGCACCUGGCAAAGUGGCGAAUUGCUCGGGAGCCCGAAACAUCGCCGACAAUAUUUCGGAUUUGAAGGCGCAGAUCGCCGCGAACAACAAGGGCAUUUCGCUGGUGUGCGGGCUGAUCGAGGAAUAUUCGCUGGAUGUCGUACAUGCCUACAUGCGACAUAUUCAGAACACCGCUGAACAAAGUGUUCGCGAUAUGCUUAAAAAGGUUGGCAAGAGAGUUCAAAUGGAGAAGGGAUCUAGUCGUCUUGAAGCUUCGGAUUUUAUGGAUGAUGGAACUGAAAUUCAUUUGACGAUUGAUAUUGACAUUGAGCAGGGUAGCGCGAUUUUCGAUUUUACCGGAACUGGAGUUGAAUCGGCGAGCUCGUGCAAUGCUCCGAAAGCGGUCACAAUGUCGGCGAUCACUUAUUGUUUGAGAUGCCUUGUCGGAAAAGAUAUACCGCUGAAUAAUGGAUGUUUGGCGCCUGUACAGAUCAUUAUUCCUCCCGGCACGAUUCUCAGCCCUUCUCCAACCGCGCCAGUGGUUGCUGGCAACGUUCUAGCCAGUCAGAGACUAUGCGACGUCAUCUUCCGCGCGUUCGAAGUCGUCGCCGCGAGUCAAGGCUGCAUGAAUAAUCUGGUGUUCGGCGAUGAAUCGAUCGGCUACUACGAGACGAUUGCUGGCGGAUCGGGAGCCGGCGACGGUUUCGAUGGACGCAGUGGAGUGCACACGCACAUGACGAACACUCGAAUCACGGAUCCCGAAAUUCUCGAAAGCCGUUAUCCGGUUAUUUUGAGAGAAUGGAGAUUAAGGACGGAAAGUGUCGGUGGCGAAGGAAAAUGGAAAGGCGGUAAAGGAGUUGUACGAAGUUUACAGUUUGCCAGACCGUUGACAAUGUCGUUGCUCACUGAACGCAGAGCCCUUCAACCCUAUGGAAUGAAAGGUGGAAGCAAUGGAGCACGUGGUUUGAAUCUUUUGAAGCGCGGCGAUCGCUUAAUGAACAUUGGUUCGAAAGUGAGCAUGAUUAUGGAAGCAGGAGAUAUUCUUACAAUUCAGACACCGGGCGGUGGAGGAUAUGGAAGCCCAUUGUAA